AUGGCAACUAUUAAAGUUAUUUAUGGGUCAGUUUCUCGUCGGUUUGCUAUCGGAGCUGAUACUACUUGGACAGAAUUAGAAUCUCAAUUUAGAACCCUUUUCCAAAUCCCGUCCCAUGCUCAAGUGAUUGCUACUUAUACUGACGAAGAUGGAGAUAAUAUUACACUUUCAAGCGAUAUAGAACUUGCAGAGGUUAAUUCUCAAUGUUCGGCUGGUACCGUUAUUAAAAUUGUAUUGAAAACUAAACCGACUAUGGAUGAAACUGCCGCAGCAUUUGAACAAAUAAGCCUUGAUGAUGACGAAUCUUAUGAAACAAUCUUAUAUUCUCAUUCUGAACCUGAAGAGACUGAAGAACAAGGAACCUGUAAAGAAACAUGUGGAGAAGCAUGUGAAGAAGUUGCUUAUUCUGCAGAUGAAGUUCAUGAACAAGGACAUACAGAUGAUUGUAGUAGCUCUGAUCCCGAAAUUUACUUUUUCGUUUCUCGUAAACGGUCACAUCAUGGACCAAGACGGAGUUAUUCAGGGUCAGUUAAACUUGAAUCUUCUGGUGGAUCAAGCGCAUGUCCUUUAACGGAACGUUUCCGCGGUCAUCAUGGCAGAGGCUAUGCACGUAUGCAUAGAGUAUUUAAACAUGGAGAAGCAGGUCAUCAUCAUCAUCGUGGCCAUCAAUUCCGCGGUCAUAAACAUUUUCACAAGAUGCAUAAACAUGAUAAACAAGAUAAAGGACAUGAAUCCGAAAUAAUUUGUGAUAAGAAAGUGAAAUUAAAUUCUAGUAGUGAUGAGAGACCUAAACAUCAUUAUGGGUUUGGACCACGUAUUCAUGCGCAUCCAUACUUCCAUCAUAGGCAUGGACAUGGACAUCAUGGACGUCAUGGUGAUCAUGGGGAAAUUCCACCUGAAAAAAUCGCAGAGAAAUUAGAAAUUUUGAAUGGAUUGUCCUUCCCGGCAGAAAACAAUUCUCAUUAUGAAGAAUUGUUGAAAAGAUUUCAUGGAAGAAUCGGACAAGUUGUUGAAGCAGUUAUUAGGGAACAAAGGACGAAAGAACCUAAAGAACCAGAAGAUGGUGAACCAGGUGAUGGCAAACCAGGUGAUGAAGGUCAAGCGUCGGCUUCCCAACCCAUGCAGGGAAUUAAUUAA